AUGCCCCCCCCUGUUUCAACCCGCCACCUUCUCUCCUCCAUAACUACCGCCACCGUGAACCACCGGCCACGAGACCGGAUCCGUUCGAACCGUCAGCCUUCCCCCAUCACUUCCCGACCAGCCUCAGUCGUCGCCGACCUCGGAGCUCGUCGGAAACUGGAGAAAAACCCGCCGGUUUCAAUCGAAUUUCCAAGCUUUCGUUCUCCUUCGUCCGGCUACCAAAUCGGACGAUCAAGGUCCAAGAACAAAAGUGGUUCCAAAUUGGGUGUUUUACCUAAGUUAGGAGUUUGGGCCGGCGGUUUGGAGUUUUUCCGGCCGCCGGAAAUUUCUCAAGCCACCCAAGCUGCCAGCGCGAUUCGACGGAUCGUGAAUCGGAGUCCCGGAUACUCCGAAAUCGCAAACCCUAGGAUUAAAGGCACUCGGGCACCAGUUGACCCGCAGGAGGGACCUUCCAAAGGUCCAGCAAGCUCGGACCAACCAUAUACAGAUGUUGCCUCCGGAUAUGAUGAUGUCCACGGACAUCCAGGUUGCCUUCGGAUUUUAUCAGUUGCCUUCAGUUUAGUCAGCAUGCUUGACAGCUGCCCCACGAGUUCUAUGGUACCCGGACUCGUGUGGAGCGAGGACGCGGAUCAGGUUGACCAAGGUCCCCUGAAUCCUGCGAGGUUGCAGCUCGGAUUGACUUUGUGUCACCGAGACCUGCGAGGACGUGUCACCAAUGGUGAUGCGAGGGGAAUUGACGGAUAA